AUGUAUAACAACGCGCGAACGUACAACCAGGAAGGGUCCUGGGUGUAUGUGGAUGCCGAUGAGAUGGAGAAGGUCUUCAAUGCGGCGUUCGAGCGUCUGAUCGUUGGAUCCGAUCUUCCCGGUGCUCCGCCUGCGGCGGCCUCUUUAUCGUCAGCGGUAUAUGAUGCCGCGUUGACACCUAUGGACGAAGACGAACGACCAGCGCCCAAAGGCAAGAGCUCCCGGAAACAGAUCAUUAGCGACGAUGAGUACCUCACGAAUCCGAGUGAUGACGACACCUACUACAAGAGCGUCCUUGACUUCCGGGAAGACUGGCGGCUGAUGUAUAACAACGCGCGAACGUACAACCAGGAAGGGUCCUGGGUGUAUGUGGAUGCCGAUGAGAUGGAGAAGGUCUUCAAUGCGGCGUUCGAGCGUCUGAUCGUUGGAUCCGAUCUUCCCGGUGCUCCGCCUGCGGCGGCCUCUUUAUCGUCAGCGGUAUAUGAUGCCGCGUUGACACCUAUGGACGAAGACGAACGACCAGCGCCCAAAGGCAAGAGCUCCCGGAAACAGAUCAUUAGCGACGAUGAGUACCUCACGAAUCCGAGUGAUGACGAGUAGGGGCCGUGUUGCGAUCGGAUCUUAAUCUCUUAUUCGUCGAUGUUGCAGCUGUAUUGCUACUGUAUUGUAAUUGACUAGUCGUCGCUUUC